UUUACGUCCUGUGUUGACAGAGGUAUGGUCAGUUGGUAAGGUUUUCUUUAAACAUGCAACUUAAAGUAGACCAAAUUAUGAGAGUUCAGACGGGAACAGCGUAGUGCAUAUAUUGUUGGACGUGUACCGGUACAAAUUAACCAUGACAAAUUAUCUGAAAAAGCUCAAAGACCCGAGCACCUUGCGGAUCUUCUUCUCGUCUCCGUUUGGUGGGAUGGAGGAAGAGAGAGAAGAACUGACGCGACGGUACUUCCCUCACAUCAACCAUAUAUGUAACUCGCGAGGAGUCCAGUUCGUAGCUAUUGAUAUGAGGUGGGGCAUCACAUCCGAGUCUUCGGCAACUGCCCAGGUCAUCAAUAUAUGUCUCAAGGAGCUGGACAGGUCCGACAUGUUCAUCGGCUUCUUCGGGCAGAGGUAUGGGUGGCAUGGAGCUGACGACACUUCCCUCCAGAAAAACUUUGACAAUGCUGCCGGCUCCUAUCCAUGGGUGUCCACAUUUCGUGACAGGAGUGUCACAGAGUUAGAGUUUCUACAUGGCCAUCUCAAUAAUCCAGGAGCUCUCCCAGCAUUCCUCUGUUUUAGGGACAAGGAUUAUGAUUCUAAAAUCUGUGAGGAGGCAAAGACGAAAGAUGACAAGAAGAUGGUGUUUAAGUAUUCACCCGAGAGUGAUCAUGCAGCAGAAUUAAUGGAUGAUCUCAAACGAAGGUGUAUGGACACAGAAAGUUUGUCCUUGGGUGUCAAUUUGUGUUACAAGAAUCCCAAAGAGGGUGCAGAGCUUAUAUUUAAUGCAAUACACAAGCACUUGACCAAGCACCUGAUGAUAAGCAGUGUCCAUGUAGUACAGGAGGAUCGUAGUACACUGGCAAGGUCCCUCCAUGGUGCCUUUCUGGCCAACAAGGUCAAGCUGUAUGAAGGUGGCGACCAAUAUAUCACACAGCUCACAAAGAAUAUUGAUGCAGAGCCCCCUGUAUCCUACCUGAUCACUGGACCUGCUGGCUGUGGUAAGUCUGCCCUGAUCUGUAACUGGUUACACAGUCUGACACAGAACCCCACCUACAGACACUGCUGUGUGGUACACCACUUUGUGGGAUGUUCCAGGGACAGCGCCAGUAUUCAAAGUAUCCUGAAAAGAGUCACAGAGGAGUUGGAACUGAAAUGUGAAGAGUUAAAACAAAAUGAUGUGAGCAGUGGCCAUGUUGAAUCACAGAAAAAAGAGAAUAUUGAUAUACGAGAGCUGAUGAGGAAGUUGUGUGUGGUCCUGGAGAGGCUGAUAUCACUUGGUAAACAACCAGUGGUGGUCAUUGAUGGCCUGGGAAACGUGAAGAAAACCACUAAGGCUGAAAAGCCUGUGUAUUGGUUACCAACAUUCCUAAAGCAAGCUGUGUUAGUAGUGUCCACCAGACUGUCGGAUGAAGACAACAUUGCUGAACUGAAGGAACGCAGUUUCCGUGUGAUAGACUUACCUCCCCUUGCUCCUGAAAUCCAGCGGCAGAUCUGUGUGAAAACACUACGCAUGGCUGGAAAGGAACUGUCUGCAACCCAGGUAGACAAAAUUGUACAAGCUAGGCAGACGGAGAAUGCUCUGUUCAUGAAAAUUGUUCUCAACGAGCUGGUAUCGUUCGGUUACUUUCGACUUUUGGACCAGAAGAUAGAUUCCCUUGUCUCAUGUCAAAGUGUCCAAGAUUUGUUUGGAAAUAUGCUACAGAGGCUGGAGGAAGAUUACAAUGUACCGGAACACGAAGGGAACCUGGUGGAACAGGUGAUGUGCUCCCUCUACCUCAGUAGACAGGGCCUGGCGGAAAGGGAGGUAACUGGGAUUUACGGGAUCACCCGGCCUGUCUGGUUAUCCCUGUACUAUGCCAUUGAAAACUAUAUCAUCGAUCAGGCGGGACAUUUGUAUAUUGGCCUCAAUGAUCUCCGGACCGCAAUAUACAACAGAUAUCUACAAAAACCAGAGACUAAGUCAUACUACUUGAAGAAGAUCAUCGGGUACUUUGAACAAAACCGAAAAAGUUUAGGGCACUUCUCUGGAAAGGCGAAGAAGAGCUACACUGCGUCACGGGUAGCGUAUGAACUGCCCUACCUACUUAAGAGUUUGGGAGACCUGGAGGGGCUAGCUACGGCCCUACUGGACUUACAACUCGUCCUCACCCUAUUGGAUGCGGAUGGUAACCUAUACCUGGUGGACCUAUGGAAGACGACUGGUCUACAGUGGACGGAGGUGGCCAGACGAUACAUUAACGCUCUAAAUCAGACAGUGGUCAACAUUUACCUGGAAAUGGAAGAGGAUGACACCCUAGAAAACGACUCUGCAGGAGUCAGGAUCCUAGACACAGUGUUGAUACUGCAAGAAAUAUUUGAGCAAGUUGGAGAUUUCCAUGCAGCAGUGAUGAUUAUGGAACAUCACAUCAAAAUAUGUGAAGAAAAUUUAUCAACUGGAAAACUAAAAGACAUCAAGGUUAUGAUGUAUGUGAAAUAUUCUUUAGCCUGUUUGUAUGUGGAUCAUAGCCAGUUUACUGCUGGCGAGAAACUUCACAUGGAUGUCUACAAGUUUCGCAAAAGGAUUGUUGAGGAAGCUGGUGACAGUGUUGGGGAGGAGGACAGGAGGGCCCUUGGAAAAUCGUACCACGGAUUACAUGUAUUGUACCUACAUUUACAAGAUGAUGAAAAAGCUCUGGAAUACGUGGAGAAGUCAAUGGAACUAGAGGCAGAGGCAGACAAUGUUGACAAAAGUGAUCUAGCUGCCUCCUACACCAAUAUGGCCACCAUCAAAAUGAAUUUAAAACUUCUAGACGAAGCAUUGGAAUACGCCCUGAAAGCAUUGAAGUUGGAGGAAGAUAUCAGUUUUGGUCACCUGCCACCAAAGAUAGGAAACCUCUUUACCAACAUUGGCCUUAUCUACAGAAGAAAGGGUGAACUGGAUACUGCAGAAAAGUAUUACUUCAGAUCCUUACAGAUCAAGAGACAAGCGUUUGGUCAUCACCACAUCGAUAUUCCAAUAUCGUUGAUGAAUCUAGGCACUCUUGAGGGAAUACGUGGGAACCGUGAGAAAUCGCUGAAAUAUUUUCAAGAAGGUCUUGAUGUUUAUAAGGCACUGAAUGCAAUGCCAAACAAUGUGCAAUAUCUGAUGAUACAGGAAAAUUUCCUUCUCACAAAGUGGCAGUUGGGAAAACAAGAAGAGACUCUGGAGGAUUUCUUUCCUUUCUUUAACGUCGUGGAGAAGGAGGGGCGAGUCAACUUCUGUCUGGGAUGGUUCCUUACUGAUGUCGUUAAAUACCUCAUUUCCAAGGAGCGUAACUCGGAGGCCCUUCGAAUCACUCUUGCCCUCAUCAACAGCAAGCUACUCAGCGCAGUCAAUAUUGUCCAUUUAGACCACCUUGACUCCCAGAUGUUUCCUCCAGACAAACGUCCAGUGCGUCCAGCCAGUAUGUCACUAGACUACGCCCUCGAAAAAUGGCCUGAAAGUCCUGAUCUUAUUCGACAAAAAGCUGUGAAUUAUUUGAUCCCAAAUGGUGAUGCGCAUGAGUUUGUGAGACUUCUGAACAACAUACAUGACUGCACGAAUCAUGGUGCAGCGGUGUACGAUUUCGGAAUUGGGAUGCUGGACACUGAUAACAUUGAUGCUGUGAUGCUUUUGGCUAUAUCUGAGGCAGCUCUAGAGAAGUACCCCAACAGUGUUGGUUUCCUUAGAAACAUGGUUUCCUGCAGGAGAAAAGAAGGUCGGCAUGACCUUGCCCUUGAAGGGGUGAAGAAGUUGUUUGAACUUGUACCAGAUGAUGCUGAAACUGCCAUUUUGACUAUUACACAAGCAGUCUUUGCAUGUGACAUUGAUCUAGGUCGAGAAUAUGCUUACAAGACUAAGGAGCGUUUUCCUGAUAAUCAGGAGAUGUUAGAGAAGGUGGAUGACCUGUUGAGUAUGAUGGAUGAAGCAGAGAAUGAGUGGAAGGAUCAGGGUAAAACCACCGAAACAGUCAAUGAUGGAGAGUGAAACAGAAUAAAACAGAGAUUGAAACAUGUUUCAUCUAUGCAGCUAUUUCAUAUCUUGUCAAAAACGAUUGUUUGGUAGAUUUCGUCAAAAAUGGUUGCUAAAUUUGAUCAAAUGUGGUCAUUUAGUCUUUGGGAUCAAUAAUGGGCCGCGUUAGACAGAUGGUCGCUUAAGGUCUUAGAGUGUAUUGAUAAACGGAAAUAGGAAGUACCCUGGUACAUCACUAGUUGAAAAUCCAAUGUAGGGAGACAG